UAGUCAGUAACAACCUCUUUUCUCUGUGGAAGUAAACCUGUUACGCGGAACUUGAUGCGUCCAAAGUAUCAUUCUUUUUUGCAUUUGGUGCUUCUUUGCGCCAUGGUUUCGUUGACGGCCGCCCAAUUCGGGAACUCGUCAACGGACUUUCUCAUUUGGGUUCCAGAGGAAAGAGACGAAAACAAUGUAACGAUUGUAAAACGUCUUUCUUGGCAGGAGGCUUCGGAACACUGCAACAGACUUAACGGGGGUUUUCCUCGUGAGAACCAUUUCAAUUUGCUUCUCGACUCAUCUGUUUGGACUGCAGGGCAGCCAAUAUGGAUUGGAUUGAGUUGGAUAGAAGGCCGGCUUCAAUGGAUGGGUCACGUACCAAUGGAGGAGCUGAAUAUGACAGUGAUUCAGUACUAUGCUGAGAGAAGAUUCGAUACGAACAAAUUGUGCUAUUCUAUGGACCAAAAUAAAGCUAUUGCAGAAACCUCCUGUCAUCAACGACUACCUUACGUUUGUGUUAUGGUAGAGGGCGACGAGGUUAAAGAUCGUCCACCGAGUCCUUUCGCGUUCGUUAACGAGGACAAUUACCCGUAUUUAAUUCCUAAUGGAGACCAUCCACCUGCGUUUCGCUCAGAGCACGCUUCCCCCAACUCUGGUGGAGAGUAUAGGUCUCAUCCUCCGUUUUUGGUGAUUAAACCUUCAAGUGAGAAGGGAUUUAAUUUAUCCUGUGAAAUUAUUCCGAUCGAAAUGUCGGGUUGUUUGCAGUAUCAGUAUCGUUGGCUGAGGAAUGGAGCUUUUAAAUCGGAAUUUGAUGGCAACGUGAGUAUUUCAGAUUCAAAUAUCGGAUUCGGGUCUGGAGAGGCUGCACUUCUUGCCAAAACUCUGUGGUGGACUUUGAAUUGGAUAGGAAAAGUUGCCUGUGAAAUUGUGUGUGUUUCAUUGGGAAAAGCUUAUCGCUCUAAAGAACAUAUUUUGGUUUUACCUCAAUCUGUUAGCUUGCGGGUUGAAUUCCAGUUAAAAAUGAUUCAUUUUUCAGCCGUGCAAACCUUCUUUGAGAUGUUCAUGCAGCCUGAGCUUAGGAACCAAACAGGUAUUCCAUCCCACCAGCUGCCAGUUUUUCACUUGGAUUAUCCACCAUUCUUGUCUUAUCCUGACAACUCUACUAACACAUACAGUUUUUAUGUUCAUUGGGCUAGUAUGGACCCAAACGGAACGCGGAAAUUAAGCUUGUUUUUACGAAACAUUAGUCAUUCGGAUUCCUUCAGUUACUGGAUGAGUUUGGAUGAUGGUGUUGGAAGAGAAUACGACCGAUAUUUCCAAAGCAUUCAAGUGAUUAUGCUUAAUUAUUGCAUCAACGAAGAAACAGACCCAACUUUAGUGUUUGCAAAUCAAGCCACAUUGUCCAGAAAAUCUGAUUCGAACUACCGUGAUGAAGAUUUAGACGAAUGUCUUUACGCUGCUAGGCAAUGUAAAGCUGAUUGGUUCAAUUCGACCAGAUUCGAUGAAUGGAAAACGAGUUCAGUGUGUUUGAAUUGCAUGGCAUCCUUUCACGACUUCGAAGGGCGUUGCUUGAAAUUCAUCAAGCCACUACCAUUUUCCAAAAGUAUUGCUCAAUGCAUGGCUGAAUAUCAGAUCGAUGAAGUCGAUGAAUUGUGGGAAAUGUCCGAAUGGAUUCGGCUAGCAUUUUAUUGGAUUGAUGAGAACAAGAAUUCAGGCACAGCUAAAACAUUGGAUUUUAAUCAAUUAUGGAUUCCAGUGCAAAGAAGAACAAACCUGGGACCUUUAAGACCUGUAUGGCCCUGGACGAAUUUCAAAGAGGAAGAAGGACCCGUGGAAAGUUCAUGGGACGAAGAACUGCAGAAUUUGGUAGAUGAUUUGGGAUUGUUAGCUGAUUGGAGUAAACUCAAUGCUUCAUUAAAUUGCUUGAAAUUGGACAUAAAAACAAGAACGCUGGAAAGCGCUCUGUGUACUGAAAAUAUCCCAAUGGUUUGCAUUAGGCCAAGACUGAAGUCCACUUACUCCAUCGUCAGCAUCAAUUCAACAGUGAACUUCACAAGGAAUGGCCAAUGUCCGUUGGGCUGGCUAACCUCUACAUUAAUCGCCGAAAGAAACUAUUGCUUCAAGUUAUUCGGUGGUGUAGAAGCUACAUUUGACGAAGCUGAAUUGGAGUGUAGAAAAAGAGGAGGAGAUUUAGCUGUGGCUCCUGAGCGUUCGACUUCGGCCGUUUUGUUAGACAUGUUCAAAACGUGUGAUAUGUGGAUUGGUCUCAAGAGAACUUCAGAUGGAUAUAAGUGGAUUGAUAAUUCUAACUGGACAUACCAACAUCAAGUCGAUUGGAAAAGUGCCGUGGCAGUUAUUGGCCAGCCAGAAGAACCAGGAAAUGCCAUCUCCCUACAUGGUUAUAGAUUAUCCUCUAAUCGUAUAAUGGCUUUUUGGCAACCUGAGCUGAAGGAAACAAGAUUAAGUAGUUUUUUAUGCCAGCAGGAAAUAGUACCACAACGGCAAUUGACUCUCCAAAUGAAAUUAGAUACUGUGUUCAGACCGUUUGUAUCAAUUCAACCGAUACCUUUACAUUUGCGAGAGAUACAUCGUCAACCUGAAAUUCACAACAGAACUCUUCUAGAAGAAAGCCAACCACGUGAAAUCACAGACGAUGAACCACCUUCGCUUUCUUUAUUGACCUGUUUCCUGGGGAACUCAACUUUUACUGCAAAUUACAGCACAUUAAAAGAAAUCAGUUUAAACUACAGUCUCAUCAGCAACGCUGGUACGCGCAACGUGAGUCUGAUGGAAUGGCGAGCAAUAGAAACCAGCUGCGAAACAUGGGACGAAUGGUCAACAGAGAAUCUGAAAACUUCCUCGAUCAUAUCCCAUAUGGAACAUGGAUUCUUUUCGUUCAUAGUGACAUUGAAACAUAGAACUGGACAAUAUUUAACUGACCAUCAUGAUGCAACUUUCCGAGCUAGUAGUAUUCAACGAGCGUCAUUCAAGUACAUUCAUUACUUUCACAUGCGUGAGCGUAUUGCGGUGAUUGACGAAUUCUUCGCGCGCCAUCCUCAAUACGUGAGCCAGUUUGUCUCUCCUGCUGACAAUGUGGCAUUCGAAGCUGAGCCUUCUAGCAAUUCUUUGCUAAUCAAGUAUCGCGUUCUCAUGAUGUUUAAUGCCUUUAGCACUGAAUUACCUGCUAGAAAGAAAAGAGAAGUAUACGGAAUCAAUCACCGUGAUCCUACGCCACCCAGUCGCGAAGAAGUCUUUUUGGAAGACUUAAGGUCUUACGCUUCUUCAAUUUCUAAUCAGAGUUUUGAUGGACAACCUAGCGGAGACCUUGACUUCGUAAAUGCGAGGUCGGCAGACUUUUGUCCUAGCGAAGAUACAACUACCAACGGGAAACUCAGUUGGCCAAAGGCAACAAUCGGAUCUAGUGUGACAUCAAUUCCUCAUUGCGUCACACAAGACGGACGCAUGCUGAGGCGACGAUGUCUCGGCAACCAAUUCAUUGGAGGGUACUGGGAAUCGCUGGACCAAUAUGAGUCUGAGUGCGUGAAGACAUCUACCCUCUUUGAUCAACUCUACUCAAGCACAUGGAUGUUGGGAGAAUUGGGGAGUAGCCGCUAUCUUGAGAUGAUCCGACAAUCUAUUAGCGGCUGGAAUCCUAAUCCAGCUGAAUUAGAACUAUUAACAAACUCGCUAUUCAUGCUCAGUAUACACAUGCCUGACAAAGUUCUAAACAAGGAAGAUGUCGACAAUUUCAACGUCAUUCUUCACCAAAUCAAUAGUUUAGAUGUGAAGACUCUAGUUCAAGCUCAGCAAUCAUCGGCUUUUUCUUCAGAUUUGUCUCGAGCAACCGAACGUUUUUUUGCUAGGAUCAAUAUGACAACGGACCAAAACGGAGAGCGAAAUGGAUCAGCCGUUCAACGAUUCAACCUGGAACUACCGUUUGUAGCUGUCACUUCAUGGGAACGUUUCAAGGAGCAUAAAGAUGAUAGUGUUAUUGGGUUCACUGUGUCAACAAAUGAAGACAGCAUCGUUCAGUCUGAUGCCUUGUUUAACUCUGCGACAUUUGAAAAGAUUCAAGAGUCCAACGUGACCGUCCUUCUCCCGUUCCAGAACAAUGUCAACGACAGAGAACAAGUAGUGUUCGUGGCUUAUCCAGACAGCCGAUUGGUUGAUGCUUCAGCAGCUUCUGGCCAAUUUUCUUCGGCCGUUUUUAUGUCUGAAUCUUCCUAUCCACAACGUUGGCGUCAGAGCGAUCAUUUGUUUACUGGUAAUGGUGGAAUGAUUCAGGUCAAGCUGUUUCCUCCUCCGUACCAACUGAAGAAACCACUCACCCUUUUUUUUCGACCGAGGAUUCCCACAACUGCUGAAAACAGACAUCUUUUACGUUGUGUUUUCUGGGACGAGAAAAUAAAUUUUGGAAAUGGUGGCUGGUCUACGGAUGGAUGCUGGCUCGAAGGUAGCAGAAACGGCAUGGAAGUAUGCUAUUGCAACCACCUGUCAACUUUCACUCUUCUCGUUUCUCGUUCGGAGAAAGAAUUGCAGUCUACCGUCCACGGGGCUAUCUUGAAUUUCAUAACUCUGCUCGGCUCUUCAGCCUCAAUUUUAGGGCUACUACUCAUUUUGGCUACAUUUGCAAUUUUUCCGUCAUGGAGAAAGCCUCUUGGUCACAAAUUUCUAGUUCAACUCUCAGCUGCUUUAAUCAUUCUACUGAUAACUUUCCUUGCUGGAGUGGAUCGUGUUGGCAAUAGUGAAGCUUGUCGUUUGACUGCCAUUUUCUUGCAUUACUUCCUAUUGGCCACGUUUUGCUGGAUGACCAUUGAAGCUUACCAUCAAUACCAGCGUCUCGUCAAAGUCUUUGGGACUUACAUGCCUCGUUUUCUGUUGAAAGCAACGGUAUUGGCUUGGACCGUUCCAUCUGUUCCAGUCAUCAUCGUCCUUAUCUACGAUGUGGAUUCGUAUACAGGAAGUGAAGGUUACUGCUGGAUACGACCAACUGCAUUUUAUUUUGCUGUCCUCGCUCCGGUGAUCAUUCUCUUUCUAAUCAAUCUUACUUUAUUCGUUUUCGUCGUCCGUAGUAUUGCUGCUUCAGGACGUGGAUUGCGAACAAAUCAAUCGGAAAGUAAACAAGCGAAAGAGAAAUUCGUGGCUUCCUUAAUGAAUUUUAUUUUGUUGGGAAUGUCUUGGAUUUUCGGAUUUUUUGCCGUUGGUCCAACUAACUCUGUUAUUUUUUCCUACCUGUUUUGCUUAACCACAACUUUUCAGGGUUUCUUUCUGUUUGUCCUGUAUGUUGGUAGAGAUCCCUCUGCACGUCAAUUGUGGCUUACAAGAUUUGGAUUUGGUAAACUAGAUUCAGACAGCCAGAAAAAAUCAAAAGCUACAUCGUCUGCUGGUGGUAACUCCAGUCAUGGCGAGUCACAUUCUGCGAGCAGUACUGCAGUAACCGAGUCUACUUCUGCAUCUGUCUCUUCGAACCCCCAUGAACGGAAGAAUAAAGGUAUUAAUAAGGGGGUCCGACAACCCAAUCAGAAUAUAACUACUAGUGUUUAAUUGCACACUGUUUUGAUAAGCGUUUU